AUGAGCAUCCCCAGAUCACCUUCCACACCUGUCACCGUUGACACAACCACCUCGGGUGAUCCCACUGUCCCCCUUGAUGCCUCUGACAAACUGCCGUCAUCCUCGGCAUUGUCUCAGGGAGAUGUGUCUGUCUCUCGAGCGCAGGAGCGGGUGAUUGCUACGCAGCGGGCGGAGGCAGAGAAGGCCAGGAGGAUUCAGGAGAGGGCUUUGGCUGCAGAGGAGAAGCGUCGCCAGCAGCAAGAGGCUUUCAAUCGAAGGGCGGAGAAACGUGCUGCAGCCGCUGCGGCACAACAGGCGGCUGACGAGGAGGCAAUCACUGUCCGCCGUCGUCAGACAUGGACCACGGAGGAGUCCCUCGCUCUAUGCGAGUUAUAUCGAGCCGCAAAGGCACACGUUGUCUCGGUCUUCUCCGGCACGACGUUCAAUGCGACAUAUACACAGCAAGUCAUUCGGGAAUACAUAAAGCGCCAAUGGGUGGACCAUGAACUUUCGCGGCGGUGGACGGUACGGCAAGCAGAGAAUAGAUGGCACAAUAUUCAAAGUCAGUAUAAGAAGGCCAAAGACGAGCUGGCCGAGACAGGCGGAGGUGGGCUGGGCGCGUAUAAAGAACGGUUCCCGUGGUGGGAUGUCGUUGAAGAAGAGGGUCACGGAACUGCCGCCGUGGUUCCCUUGUACGUCUUGCAGGGUUCGCGAACUACUGGUGCCUCGGAAGCCGGGCGAGAGGGAGGAGAGGAGGGUGGCAAUUACGGUGAGGACGAGAGUCACCCGCUCGACGCCGAUGCAGACACUCAUGAGUCGUCCGAUGCGGGCUAUGCUGGCGCAUCUUCUCCUGCGUUGGGUUUGUUUGGUUCGAGACGAGACAGUCAAACGUCUUCUCCUGGGUUGGGUUCAUUUGGGUCGAGACGAGACAGUCAUCAAACGUCUCCUGUUUCGGACACAGCCAUGCAGACGCCUCUAUCAGUGCGGCGAUCGCCAAGUGUCUUCUCGGCAUGUUCCGCUCCCCCAAAAUCUUUGCGAGGACUGUCUCGAGCGCGUGAGACCCUGAUGCAGACCGAAUCUGUCAUGGAAACAUUACUCGUCACUGUAGCACGGCUUCAGCAGGAACAUUUGGCGAGAAUGGAAGAGCGGCGGAGGGAGGAUAUGGCCAUACAGGCAGAGCGGGAUGAACGGCGCCGGCAAGAGGAUAUACAGCGGCAGGAGCAGGCAGAACAGCGCCUCCACCAGCUCCUCCUCGCAAUCGUGUCCCAAAGACCUUCAUCAUAGCAUCUGUCUCGGACGCCGUCUUGGCCUUGGGAUCUGCCUUUGCUGUCUCAGGACCUGUCUCCCCCAUCUCCCACCGGCUUUUAGCUGUUGUUUUACCAUAUUGAGUACCCCACCAUAUGCAGUUCUAAAUCCCCCAAUGUACAUACAUGCGUGAUGCUUCACGGACUUGAAAAAAACAACUGUCAUAUUACUGUCAAACCUUGCCAACG